UUGUUCGGUGCGUGACACGUUGCAGACGUGGUUAUUCGUCGUUAAAAUGCAUUAAUGUUCUAGUUUGUUUGUAUUAUUUUAUCAGUGUUUUAUCUUUUACUUAAAGUAUUACAUAUUAUUUCAAAAUAGUUUCUAAUGCAACUAUGCGAUUCUCUGUAUCUCAAUUUUAUGUACUAAUCUAGGUCAAAUAUUACGAAUUGUGAUUUUAAUAAAAUUGUAAAAUCACAUUAAAUUUGUUAUAUUUAUAUAGAUGUUCGCAAUCUAUACCAAUACAUUUAGGUUAUAGCUGAGUGCAUGUUUUAAAUUGCUAUGUAUACUUACGCGUAUGGUCCGUUUUUUGUGCGCGAUUCUGAAGCUGAAGUUCGGUUUUAACAAUCGCUGCCUCCUAUAUAUCGUCGAUAAUGUCAUUAUCAUGUUGGAAAACUGUUCAUCUCAUCAAAAUUGCAACUGUGGUAAACGAAGUGCAUCUGUCAUUGGAAAGUUGGCUAAAGUAUUUGGACGCAGAAAAACCUAUCAAGUUCAAAAAGCCCAACAACUCAAUAAAGUAUCAUCGACCGAAUUCGGCGAGAGCUCAAAUUCAUGGGUGACCGUCCACAGUUUGCAGUCUCAGAGUGAUGGUGGUAUCUUGGAUCCAGAUGAUCGUCUCAGGGAUGUGGCAGAUGACAGAGAACAAAUUGUUGCACUUUAUGACGACGGUGAUAGCAAUAGUCCUCACCAACACGGUGGGGGAGAUGGAGCUAGUGUUACCUCUAGUCCGGAUAUGUUCCACAGCCGGGGAGAUGGAUUACAAACUGACAUUGAAGUCACUAAUGAACAAAUUGCUUGUGGUUUCCCAGCUUUACAUGUCCGUAGAGGUAGUGAACCAGCUCUUAAUCAAUUACCACUUGAAUGUCCAAACAAUGCGGGGAAAAGAAAUAGCAAUACUAGACCUGCUGCAUCAGGUCAAUCUAAACGAUGGUCAGCAGCUCCUAUGAUUCACGACCCUAAAGACAAACUAAGAACGGAUGAUUACACAAAAAUCAAUGGUUUUGGUUUAUCUGACAAAUGGAGGUGUUCUGAAGAAGAUGAAGAUGACUUAGAAUUAGGGGACGAAGAUAAACCACCAAUUAGCAAUCAUUUUCUAGCACCAUCAUUUCAUCGUGAUUCUUCAAAUCGUUUAUCAAUGCAAUUCUUAGGAGAGUCUUCAAGUGGAUUUCGGUGGGCAGAGGCUGCUGAUUUAGCAAAUAAUCGAGCUUUAUCUUUAUCAUUACCAAGAGACCACAGAAGGAAAGAACCUUUGGGCCAAGCAAAUACAAAUCCUAGUCGCUUAACAGAGUCACAAAACACUGAAUUUAUAGUGCUAAGCACUGGUGGUGGCUCAUUAGGUAUUCAUGUUGUCCCAGAUUAUAAUGCUCUAGGUAAAGAGCGUGGUCUUCUGGUUCAAGGUAUUGAACCUGGUGGUCGGGUGCAUUGUGAUGGUAGAUUGAAAGUAUAUGAUCGAAUUGUAGAAAUUAACGGCCGGUCAUUAUUGGAUCAACCAUUCAAUGCUAUACAAGAAAUAUUUCGAGAUUCACUACACUCUUCAGAGCUCAGACUUAGAGUGAUAAAACAUAAAAAUAACAUGGACCUUCAAACUAGUCAAAAUACGGUAGCUGGUAAUAAAAAACAGCCACCGCCACCAGUGUUUCCAAAACCAUCCUCAAACACCACUACAGCUUAUAAUAACAAAGAAAAUGUCUCUACAGGAUCAUCUGAUAAAGAUAAAUUCAAUUCAAAUACUAAAAUAGCAACCAUUUCACCUACCAAAAAAAUAUCAGCUGCAACACAUACAGCAUCCAAUAUUUUAAUGGUGGCUAAUACAAGAAAAAUUGGAAAGAAAAUGGAAUUAGAACUUACCAAAGGACUUCAUGGACUUGGAUUUAGUAUAACAACCAGAGAUAAUCCAGCGGGUGGAAACUGUCCUAUUUACAUUAAAAAUGUGUUACCAAAAGGAGCUGCUGUGGAAGAUGGAAGAUUACGACCAGGUGAUCGGUUAUUAGCAGUUAAUGGUACAGAAUUGACAGGCAAAACUCAAUCUGAAGCAGUUUCUGUACUGCGGAAAGUUCCAUCUGGUGCAAAGGUCAAAAUUAUUGUUUCUAGACAGGAAGAUGUAGUGAUUAGCCAAGUAGGCCAAAAAUCUAAUCAAGAUCUAGAUGAAAAUCAUGAACAAGAAGUAGGAAUUUUGUCAAACAAUCAAUUAGUAGAAACAAAUGAAAAAUCCAAUAAUAAUACAGUUCAGGAAUAUGUUAAAAGCUUAGAAGAAACACAAACAUUCCCUUGGAGGCAUAAAGAAAUACUGACUUUUGACAUUCCUGUGCAUGAUUCCGAAAAAGCUGGUUUAGGCAUUAGCGUUAAAGGUAAAACGUCAUCUAGUAAUAACUCUAAUGAUAAAGAAUUUUCUCAAGAUUUAGGUAUAUUUAUCAAAAAUGUUAUUCAUGGUGGUGCGGCUUCAAGGGAUGGUAGAUUACGUACUAAUGAUCAGCUGUUAUAUAUAAAUGGUAUGUCAUUGAUUGGUCAAACUAAUGCUGCAGCUAUGGAAACGUUGCGUAGAACUAUGAUGAACGUGGACCCUGGACCAGUGCCUGGAGCUAUCUCAUUGAUAGUAGCCCGCCGACGUAAUAGUUCUCCAACAUUAGAUAGAAGACGUAGUCGUGACUCCUCUUCAAGUCUUCUCACAGAUUCAUCAGCAAACACUGAAACAUUUAGCCGAGCUGAAAGCAGUGAUAGUAGUACCCAAAAUACGGCCGAAAAUUCUGGAACAAGUGAAAACUCUGAUACCACUGUUAUCUUUAUGCAUCAAAGACAAGGAUCAGAGAGUUCAAAGCGGAAUACAUUACCUACAGAUACUUCUCCAGAUGGAAUUGCAAUUCGCAAUCCAGUUUUGGAAAGGUUAACUGGACAUACAAAUCGUUAUAAUGCAUUACGCAAUGAAAGUUAUUAUAAGGCUACACAUCAAACAACUAUUAUGUUGAAAGAAGAAGAAAAAUUAAAUAGCCCUACUGUAAACCCAUCGUCAGAAGAAAUGUUAAUCAUUGAAGAAGACCCUCCAAUUUAUAAUAGUGUUAGUCGGAAAAAAAUAGAGGAAGAAAAACCAUCACCAGUCAUAUCUCCACAAGCAAGAACUGGUUCAACUAGUACUGAUGUUACUUAUGCUAGCCAAUUAUCAUUGGAUAAUGCCAACUCAGGAUUUUCAAGAGAUGCAUUUGGACGGCAAAGUAUGUCUGAAAAACGACACGCGACAUUAGAUGCUAAAAAUACUGAUACAUAUCAAAGAAAUAAAAAAUUGCGUGAAGAACGUGGAGAUGAUACCAAAAGUCGCAACAGUUUUCCAUCAAAACACCAAGUUGGCCCUUCUCUUGGGUUGAAAAAAUCGUCCAGCCUGGAAUCAUUACAAACAAUGGUUCAAGAGGUGCAAAUGACUGAAGGUGGAUCAAAACGAGGCACUGUUAAAGUAGUGCGUGGUAGAGGAUGUGAUGAAAGUUUUAGAGCUGCAGUUGACAAAGAUGGUCCAUUGUCCUUACAUGAACUGAGAUUAGAAACAUAUGGAAAAGAAAGUGAUGAUCAUCCGAUUGGUCGUAGACAAUCUUCACUCCAUUCUCCAAUAAAUUACAAAGCACCAAAUUUACCACCAGUUGUUAACAAAAAAAAACCAGGAUUACUUAAAGGAAUUGGUUCUAUGUUUAGAUUUGGUAAACCUCGACGAGGACCAGAUUUAAAUGGUACUUUAAGCUCAGAAGAAGAUAAUUCUGCUGACCGUGAGCGAGAAAUAGCUAGAAGAAAUGCUCGUGAUGAACAACUUCGAAUACAAGAACAAUACCAAAGAUUAAUUCAGCGACAGGCAGAAAUGCAAGAACAAAAUAAUUCUAGAGAAGUAGCUAUAGAUGAUGGUACUACUAAUUAUAGUAAUAUACCUACAAAACCAUCUAAUCCUGAACAAUCUCGUAUGGAUCGUAUCCAACAACUUAGAGCCGAACAUCAAAGAAGACACAUGGAACGUAGUGGAAAGUUUAUUCCUGAUGAGAGGGAGGAAAAUCAUUAUGAAUCAGAUAAUCGACAGUCCAUUGGUAAUACUCAAAAUGCAAUAAAUCGACCUGGUAGUCGUGUAGGUAUUAUUGAUUCUUCUCGAUUUAACCAUUAUGUCAAUUUCCAAGAAAUACAGCAGAAUCUUAGUUUGAUGCAUGAAAUAAGCGGCGUUAAGCUUCGACACCAUGGCAAAACAAAAAAACCUGUGUCUUGCUAUUAUGACACUGACGAUGAAAGCCGAAGACAGUUGCACUAUCAUUCUCAAAGACGUGACCCUAAGGAAUCUGUUGCACGACCUAGUUCCAAUUAUUAUGAAUAUGAAAGCGUGAUGAGAUCUCUACCAUACACAACUGGCGGUGCAUCACGUUUGGUAGACAACAAUUCUAACUCGUUGACUAGACAAGUAGGCAGUGUAACUCAAACUGCGGCAGUUGCGGCAAUGAACAACAACAAAAAUGGUGUUGCUCGUAGUCAAAAACAACAAAUGUCUCGGCAUCAUUAUCCUGUUCCGUCAACAAAGUCGCCAAACUAUGCGAUGUACAACUACAGUGCUGAUGCUCAAGGCCACAACAGUAUACAACAGCAGCAACUACAACACAGAGGAUCAACAAACAAUAACAAUAAUUAUGCUAGUGGUAUGUACCAUCAUCAACAACAGCAACAACAACAACAACAACAGCAACAGCAGCUAAGGUCUUCGCCACAACAAGGACCGUACAUAACCCAAGUAACCAUUCGGGAUAAUAAACACAUAAUACAAAGUCCUAACAUUUAAUACCAUAUUCCUUGUAGGAACAAUAUUUUUUGAUAAAAUUUUUUUUAAUCUCACAUUAAACUAUAUUUUUUUUUAUUUUAACACACUGACCAUGUUGCAACCUUUUCCCUCUCUAUAAAGUUUUUUCAUGGUUAUUUUAGUUAUUUACAUCAUCACACAUAGUCUUAAUUUUAAUCCUUUACUUUAAUGUGUUUUACCAACUUAUUGUAGCAGUUAAUGUUUUUUUUAUUUUCUUAAAUAACCACUAUUUUCUCAUUUUUAUAUUUAUAUAUAUAUUUACAUAUAUUUGUAAAUAUUUCAAUCACAUCAGUAAUAAUUGAAUUAAUUAUGUUUUUUUUUUUAAACUUCUAUCGUUUAUACUAUAGUAUAUUAUAAAUAUACUUUGCUAAAUGUUUGACAAAUUUUAACCCAAACCAUUUAUUUAAAUUAUUAAUGCAACUUUUAUAUGAUAAUUAACUUAACAUCUUUGUGUAAUUUGUUUAAAUUCUUAGGCGGGUUAUCAUUUGAACAAAGAUAGUAUUUAAUUGUUUUCCAACAAAGUUUAAAAAAAUAAUGCUUUAAAAGCAAGGCUAUAACAAAUUUAUAAAAACAAAUUAUUAAAUGUUGUGUUUUAAAUAUUUUGUAAUUGUUCAAAUACAUUUUUAUUUUUUAAAUUCAAUUUUCCUGUGAUAUGAUGUGAUCCAAUCAUUUUAUGUAGGUACAUAAUUUUAUAUAAGAUGUUACGCAAUUAAAUAAAUCACUUACCACGAAUAAAAUUAGUGCCUUAAAUCGACAGUAUAUUAUAUAUAUAUAUUUAUGAAAAUGUUUAUUAGGGUUGGGUUUUGUCUUUUUUUUAAAUACUUAACACCUAAAAACACCAUGGCCCACUCUGUAUAACACAUAUUUAUUAUUGUUGGUUAUCAUUCUUUUAUACUUUUUGUCAUGUUUAUUCUUGUUAUCAUUUUACAUAAAUAGGUAAUAUUUAAUACAAACUAUCAUUUGGAUUACCUUACCCUACAUAUAAAUUAUAACCUACAAACAAUAGUUUUAAUUAUUAUUUUUUAUUUCUUUAGAAAAUUAUCAAAUUUGUUUUUUUUUCAACAUAGUUUUAAUCAAUUUGUAUCACCUUUAUAAUAUGUCCGCCGUCCAUAAAUAGUAUAAAUGGAAUGAUUUUUUUUUUUGCAUGUAAGUUAUUGUUUUGUGCCAUCAAAUAAAUAAUAAUAACAAUAGGAAUAUAAACAUUCCAAAAUAUUUCCACUCAGUGUCCCUGUUGCCUUAGUUUUAAAUUAGACUUAAGCCUAUUAUGUAAUUAUAUAUUUUUUUAUUUUUGCAAUACUACGAGUUGCUCAACUAUGUAAAUUUAGUACUUAAAAAAUACCAAACUACUCGCGCAGUAUUAACAAUGCGUUUUAUUUUCUUAUAUUGUGUAUUGUCUCCUUACAGUAUUUUUAUUACAUUUAUUUUGUUAAUUACUUAUUGCCUAUUAUUAAUUCAUAUUGUAUUACUAUUAAUGUUAAUAAGUUCCUGUUAAAUGAUACGAAACAGCUAUUAAAUACAGCCGAAAUCUCUUCUUCGACAGUUUCCUCUCUCUUAUAGCUUUUAAAAUUAGAUAUACGUUAUAAAAAAAUUAUGUCAUAUUAUUCAAAUAUAUUUAUUUAGACUAUUAAUCAAUAAAUGCAUAAAUUUAUUUUGUAUACAAUAUAUUACAUUAUAUGUAUAAAAUUAUUAGUUAAGUAAAAUACUAUGUAAAAUUGUCAGCUAUAAGUAAAAGUGUAUUAUGUAGAUAAUAAUGUAGACAGUUACUGUAUGCACAUCAAUUAUAAAUUAUUUGUUACUUACAAAAUUAUCAUUAUGUAUUAAACUUCAUAAUAAAAAUAAAAUGUAAUUUAUUUUGAA